UUUUUAAUGGAAUUUAUAAAUAAUGAUUUUAUUCACAGUAAAAUAUUUGUUAACUUUUUUGUUAAUAAUUUUUGGAACUCAAUCUGUAUUUUGUGACAAACCAGUUUGCUCAGAAAAUAAUGACGCCAAUAAACAAUUUAUAUUCAUAAGUACCUUGGAUGGAAAACUAACAGCAUUGAAUAUGGCUAAUGGCGGUAAAGAGGCUUGGGAAAUAACAACUGAACCUGGAGCUUUAUUAUCUUCUAGUAUUGAUCAACUAGAGUUAUCAAACCAUGGUCAUUGGAUACGUAUGAUUCCAUCAUUAAGUGGUAGCUUAUACAAAUUUGAUGGUGAAAAUCUUGAUCGUAUACCAUUUACGGUUGAUUCUUUAUUGAAAUCUUCUUUUCGGUAUAAUGAUGAUUUAAUAAUAUCAGGUGGAAAGAUAAGUCGAACUUACGGUUUGGAUAUGAGUACUGGACAAUUGUUGUAUGAAUGUGACAUGGCCCAUUGUAAUAAUAUUACUAGUAAUAGCUUCACAAGCAUGGAUGGAAAUAUAUUAAUUUUACAGAGACAAACUCAAACUGUACGGGCAUCAACACCUCGAAGUGGAGUUGAAAGGUGGAACUUUAGUGUUGGUUUACAUGAUCUUAAAGUUAUUACGAAUUUGAAUAAUAAUUGUUACACUACAAAUCCUAGUGUAAAACUUGAUUUUAAGAUAAAUAUUCCUAAAGGAGUUGUAACAGCAGUAUUAAAUGACCAGCCUCAACAAGUGGUCUGGACUCAUAAAUCCAAGUCCCCCAUUGUAAAUGUUUGGAAAUAUGAACAUGGAAAAAUUAAAUCAAUAGAUUUAUUUCAAAAUAAUCAUAACAUGGACGAUAUAAAUCCUUUAGUUUAUCUUGGAAUGCAUCAAAAACAACUAUAUAUUCAAGAAAGUGAUAGAGUGCUUGCAAUUAAUCCAACCUCCUAUCAAGAAUCACUUCUUCUUGAAGAGGAUGAAGAAGAUAGAUCUAGAAUUCCUUGGAAACCAAUACCUGUUUUUAAUCAAUUAAUUUCAAAAAGUUCUUCAGCUGUGCAAACCACUGAUGAUGUUUCUAAAACAACAGCUAUAUCUGUAUUGUAUGCAUCAGAAUACAUCAAUGGUAAUGGCUAUUAUCUUAAUGGUCCUAAACAAUCAAAAAAAUUAACUAACGAAAAGAAAAAGAAAAGUUCUUAUAUAGAAAACGAAACAGAACAUAAUCAUAAAAAUAUUAUUAAAUAUGAAGAAGAGCUUGAUAUGCCGGUUGAAAUUAUUAUUGUUUCUUUGUGGUAUUGGUGGAAAGAAGUGCUAUUCAUUAGUGUUAUAACUGCUAUUUUAAUUAAUUUAUUUAUUCCAUCUCGUUUAGCUCGAAUUAUUACUUUCCUUCAUAAACGUUCAAAAAAAUAUGAAGAUAAUGAAAAUACUGAAAAGCUAAUUGAAAACAAUAUUGAUACUUAUAAAGACUCGGGUGUAAAUUUAUCAACAGACAUUACUGUUCAAAAACAAGUACAUCCAACAGUUGAGUUUAAAUCACGAUAUUUACAAGAUUUUGAACCAAUUCAUUGCUUGGGAAAAGGAGGUUUUGGAAUUGUGUUUGAAGCCCGAAAUAAAAUUGAUGACUGUCACUAUGCUAUAAAAAGGAUACCUUUACCAUCACAAGAAGAAUCUAGAAAUCGUGUGCUUCGUGAAGUUAAAGCAUUAGCAAAGUUAGACCAUCAACAUAUUGUACGGUAUUUCAACACUUGGCUUGAAGAACCUCCAACUGGAUGGCAAGAAAAAUAUGAUAAUGAUUGGAUACAAAAAUCUUGUGAUGAGGAUAUAAGUAAUAGUAAUAUAACUUCAGGAGAAAUAAAGAUUAAGAAUAAUUUUCUUGGGCCCAUCAAACAGCAUAUUCGAGCUAAAAGCUUAUCUACUAUGAUAACAUUUCCAGAAAACAGUGAAGAAUUAUCUGAUAUUUUAAAUAACCCUCAAGCAUUACGAUCUCAGUGUAACGAUUUGAGUGAUUCAUCAUUUAUUGUUUUUGAUAAUCAAACAAAUGACAAUAGUAAAAAAGAUUAUAUAUUAGAUAUGAGCACAGAUAACUUACCCAAAGGUAAUAAAAGACGAAGACAUAAAUCAGAAUGUGACACAACAAGUAAUACUCAUGGUGAUAGGAGACCAAAUAGACAUUACUUAUACAUACAAAUGCAACUUUGUCAUCAGAAUAGCUUAAGAGAAUGGCUAAAAGAUAAUACUGAAAAUAGGAAUAUGAAGUAUAUCUUAGGUAUUUUUACACAAAUUGUUCAAGCUGUAGAAUAUGUUCAUUUACAAGGAUUAAUACAUAGAGAUUUAAAACCUUCAAACAUAUUUUUUUCAUUAGAUGGUCAAAUCAAAAUUGGUGAUUUUGGUUUAGUGACAGAAAUGAUAGAAUCUGAUGAAGGUAUGAAUACAAAUGAUGGUAAAAAAAAGUGGUUAAACGAACAACAUACUGAUCGAGUGGGUACACAAUUAUAUAUGAGUCCUGAACAGAUUUCAGGAAUGUCUUAUAACUAUAAAGUAGAUAUUUAUUCUCUUGGAGUUAUAUUUUUUGAAUUGCUCAAUCCUUUCACCACCGAAAUGGAAAGGUAUCAAACGUUAACUAGACUUAGAAAUAACAUAUUUCCCUCUCAAUUUUCAAAAAAAUUUAAAAAUGAAUAUCAUUUAUUGAGUUUAAUGUUAUCUCCUAAUCCAAAUGCUCGCCCAACUACAUUUGGAAUUAGAGCAAGACCACCACUAUGUGAUGAAGAUUCAAAUUAUGACCCUACAUUAAUUGAUGAGACUUGUCAUUUUCAAUUACAUAACAGAAAAAGGCUGAUAUCAAAUAAUUUGACUCCACAACAUAAAUAGUAGUUAGUUAGUAAAUUUUAAAUAAUAAUGUA